AUGCGCGCAGUUGGACCAUAUUGGGAUACCCUAAGGCACAGGCAUUUGAUGCCUUCUGAGUAUUGCUACUACAAGGGUUUGCUCCAAGAACUGUGGGAUGCCGGUGCUGUGGAGCUGUGUCUUCACGCCAACGCUGCAACCAUGAAUCGCUACAGCUACAUCAAUGUUCCAUGGUUUUGCCCCGAGCACGACUUUGACCUAGGCUUCUACCCGCCAAGCGAAAGGGAAAUACUUGCCAACUUCAUUGGAUCUGCAAGCGUCCACCAGCCCUCGACUGGCAAUGGCACCCGAGACCAGUACUUGCUGGCCGCCAACAGAAUUCGCUGGAGAACUGUACAGGGCAUGGUCCGCUGUGGACCUGACUGUCAUGUGGCUAUGUUCCACCGAGCACGGCUUCAAAAUGCUAGCGACACGGAGGACUAUGUCCAGGCUGCUCGGAGGCUCAUUGGCUUUACCAUCUUCAACAUCCUGCCGCCUGGCGAUGGCUUGGCCCGGAGCACACGUGAGCAGACUGUCGCCGUGGGAAGCAUUCCAGUGAUGCUGGACUUUCCGGACAGCACCCCAUUUGCGCAGGAGUUUCCGUUCAGCGAAGUCAUCGACUGGUCCAACUUCAGCCUGAACUUCAAGCUAGUCAGCAAGGCGGAAAUUUAUGGCUUCAAAAGUUACUGGCCCAGAUUGGAGAAGACUCUGCGAGAAAUG